ACGCUGUGAUUGGCUGCUCGGCUGAGCUCCGGGGUCUGCAGGGUCUUCAGUGCAGAAACAACAGCAGAGUGAUACAGAUAUGUUUAUUGGAUUUAAUCAGAUACAGACUUGAAUUCCGAAUUUUUUUACUUUCCUACCUGGUUAAAAAUGAAGGUGGAGAACGAGGGGAAGAACACAGAGAUGGAGAAUAAGGUGAGGAACAUGGAGGUGGAGAACGAGGGGAAAAACAGGGAGAUGGAGAACGAGGGGAAGAACAAGGAGAUGGAGAAUGAGGGAAAGAACAUGGAGGUGGAGAACGAGGGGAAGAGCAUAAGAAUGGAGAACGAGCAAAAGAACAUGAAGAUGGAGAAUGAGGGAAAGAACAUAGAGAUGGAGAACAAGAGAAAAGAGAUGGAGAUGAAGAACGAGGAAAAUAACAAGGAGAUGGAGAACGAGGGGAAGAACAUGGAGGUGGAGAACGAGGGGAAAAACAGGGAGAUGGAGAACGAGGAAAAUAACAAGGAGAUGGAGAACGAGGGGAAGAACAUGGAGAUGGAGACCGAGGAGAAGAACAUGGCAUCUGAAGAUCUCUCCAGUGAUCAGCAAUCAUCCUCUUCUACAUCUUUUGAUCAAAUUCUGGAAAAUUUAGACGGUCAUAAAUCUCACCUCUGUUUAGACUGUGGGAAAACUUUUUCUUCAGGUGGUAAUCUCAAAAAACACAAAAUUAUUCACACUGGAGAGAGACCGUAUAACUGUUUAGACUGCGGGAAGAAUUUUAACUGCCAGGCUACACUAAAACUACAUCAGCGCAUUCACACUGGAGAGAAACCGUAUUACUGCUCAGACUGUGGGAACAGUUUCAGUACUCAGAGUAAUCUGCAUCGACACCUGCGCACUCACACUGGAGAGAAACCGUUUCAGUGUUCAGACUGUGGGAAGAGUUUUACGCGUCAGAACAGUCUCAAAGAACACCAGAACAUUCACUCUGGAGAGAAACCGUAUAACUGCCCAGAGUGUGGACAGAGUUUUUCUCACGAAAGAAAUCUACACCAACAUCUGCGCAUUCACACUGGAGAGAAACCGUUUCAGUGCUCAGAUUGUGGUAAAAGUUUCUCUCAGUUGUGUAAUCUCCAACAACACCAGCGCGUUCACACUGGAGAGAAACCGUAUCACUGCUCAGAGUGUGGGAAAAGUUUCAAUCGUCAAAAUACUCUACAUCAACACCAGCUCGUUCACACCGGAGAGAAACCAUUCGACUGCCCAGAGUGUGGGAAGAGUUUUAACAAACAGAAUAAUCUACAACAGCAUCUGCGCAUUCACACUGGAGAGAAACCGUAUCACUGCUCAGAAUGUGGAAAGAGUUUUACGAAACAGAAAAAUCUACAACUACACCAGCGCAUUCACGCUGAGGAAAAACUCUAACCCUGUUCAGACUGUGUAAAAAAAGAUUACUCAUACCCACUCAUUAGGACCCAACGCCUCUUUUGUUGAGCUCCUGCUGAUGCUGUAGCAUUGCCGAGUUGCAUCAUAGCGCGCUAACGCUCGAAGUAAAGCGUAGCGACUCGGUUCUGAUACAUCAGCUCACAGACGCAGCCUUGUGCUGAUUCACAUCACCAUCCAUCAUUAUAGGAGUGAUGAGGGGAUAAUGAGAAGAGCGCCAUCUACUGUACCCAACCAGAGAGAGAGCAAGGACAGUUGUGCUCUCUCAGGGCUCUGGCAGUAGAUGGCAAGCUGCAUGACUGGGAUUCGAACUGGUGAUUUCCUGAUCAUAGUUGCAGUGCUUUAGGCUGCUGGACCACUCGGAGCCCCCCAUAAUCGGGGUAAUCUGACAGAAAACUGUCAUGUUCAAUAAUUGUUCCUGUGUUUUUGCGUCCCAAAAAACUCUGGAACUUUUUUGUUUGAAAUAAACAAAACUAUCAAAACUA